AGUUCCUUCUGAAACAUCGCGUCGUGCUUUCUGGAAAUCUGUAACUCUGAGUGGGAGAAAAAAUGAUCAGUGUUAUAAAAAUUAUUCUUAUUUUGGGAGUAACUUUUGGUGGAGUUUGUGGUGAAUUUGAAGUGCGAAACUUCACACAAUGGCUUGAUCAUUUUGAUCCUAACAAUACUGCAACAUGGGAGCAAAGAUAUUGGAUUGAUGACAGUCACUACGUACCUGGUUCACCGAUAUUUCUCCUUGUGGGAGACAUGACUUUCUUCUUCACUGAAUUCCGUCUCAAUGAAAGCUUCUUCAUUGAGUUGGCUCAAGAAUUCAAUGGAUUGAUGGUGGCUACUGAGCAUCGAUUCUACGGUGAAAGUCGACCAACUCCUGAUGUGAGUCUGGAGAGUCUCCAAUUUUUACGAACUGACCUGGCCUUAGCAGAUUACGUGGAGAUUAUUAAGGAAAUUCGUGAAUCAAGAGAAGAUUUGCGUGAGGCAAAAGUUAUUGCAGCUGGUUCGGGACAUGGAGCAGCUCUAGCUAUUUGGCUACGUCAGAGUUAUCCAGAGGUGGUUGAUGGAGUUUGGUCGUCUAGUGCUAGAAUGUACACAAUGGCGGAUUUUGAUGCAUUUGGCACAAAUACAGCCAUCUCAAUUAGGAUCUAUGGUGGAAUGACUUGCUAUUACAAUCUAGCGGCUGCUUUCUCCGAAAUGGAAAAUCUCUUUGCUAAUGGAGAAUACGAAGUUCUCAGAGAUGGACUUCAGCUGUGUGAUACAGAGCGUGGUAUAGAAGGUGACUAUGCUGGGAAUCUUCUCUUUGCGCAAGUUGCUGCAGCUGUUGGAACAUCCAUUCAAGCUUUUCACUCAGUGGCCUUUACAAAUCUCUGUGGUGACUUAGCAAAUGGUACGACGUAUUUUCAAGGUCUUGCUAAUUGGGUUACCAAUCGCGUCUUUCCGGAAAUGGGUUGCAUAAUGAUUGACUACGAACAGUUUUUGGAAUUCCUCAGAGUUGAUGAUUGGGAAGCUGAUUCUGUGGUAUGGGGCACACGGCAGAUGAUGUAUCAGGCUUGUACGGAAUUUGGUUGGUAUAGAACAUCAAGUGGACCCGAUCAUCCAUUCGGAGAUCGUUUCCCCAUUGAUUUCUUCUUCACUCAAUGCAAUGAUCUCCUAAAUGCAACAAUGACUCCUGAAGAAAUUACGCAGAAUAUUGCAAGAACGAAUGAUAUUUACGGUGGAUUGAGACCAAAUGUUACAAAUGUUUAUUUCACGAAUGGCAAUUUGGAUCCCGAAAGGACCCUCUCGGUUCAGGAGGAUUUAAAUGAAAGCGCCAUCGCUGACAAUGUGUCCUACUUUGGAUUUGCAGCUGAUUGGAUACCUAGUGAAUUUGUUGGCUAUGAUGGUUUGGCAAAUGUUCAGGAACGCUUGAAGCAUCUUGUUGCACAGUGGAUCAAUGAUAAUGAUGGAGAAGUUCCGACAACAACUGAAUCUCCAGAAACUUUAUAUUAAUUUAAAAAAAAAAAAUUGUAGAAAAGAUUUAUUUUUUUAAUAAAAUCUUUUCUGCGAAUUC